UAACCAGCUUACUUUAAUUCGCUUUUUAUAAACAUCAUGUCUGUUGUUGGUAUUGAUCUCGGUAACCUCCAGGCAGUUAUUGCCGUCGCCAGAAACCGCGGUAUUGAUGUCAUUUGCAAUGAAGUCUCCAACCGUGCUACUCCUUCCCUUUUGUCUUUCGGUCAGAAGCAGCGUUUCAUCGGUGAGUCUGCCAAGACUCAGGAAAUCAGUAACUUCAAGAACACCAUUGGCAGCUUGAAGCGUCUUGCUGGUCGUAGCCUCAACGACCCCGAGGUUCAGGAAAUUGAGAAGACCUACAUCCUCUCCCAGUUGGCUGAUGUCCAGGGUCAAGUUGGUGUCGAGGUUAACUACCUCAACGAGAAGCACUCCUUCUCCAACGUCCAGUUGCUCGCCAUGUACCUUGGCAAGCUCAAGGAGACCACCUCCGUCGAGAUCAAGGGUCCCGUCUCUGACUGUGUCAUUACCUGCCCCGGAUGGUUCUCUGAGGUUCAGCGUCGCGCUAUCCUCGAUGCUGCCGAGAUUGCUGGCCUCAACUGCCUCCGUCUCGUCAACGACUUGACCGCCGCUGCUUUGGGUUACGGUAUCACCAAGACCGAUUUGCCCGAAGAGAAGGCCAAGAAUGUUGUGUUUGUUGAUGUUGGUCACUCCAGCUACUCCGCUUCCGUUGUUUCCUUUGUCAAGGGACAGCUCAACGUCCGUGGCACUGCCUACGACCAGCACUUUGGUGGCCGUGAGUUUGAUCAGGUCAUCGUUGACAAGCUCGCUGCCGAGUUCAAGGAGAAGUACAAGAUCGAUGUCUACUCCAACGCCAAGGCCCUCCUCCGUCUCCGCGUCGCUGCCGAGCGUUGCAAGAAGGUCCUCUCUGCCAACCCCCAGGCUCCCGUAAACAUCGAAUCCAUUAUGGAUGACAAGGAUGUCUCUACCAUUGUCAACCGUACCGACUUUGAGGAGUGGGCUGCCCACCUCUUCACCCGUACCGAGGUCACCCUCAAGAAGGUUCUCGAGAACGCCGGUUUGACUGUUGAGGACAUUGACUCUGUUGAGAUUGUCGGUGGUACUUCCCGUAUCCCUGCCAUCAAGACCACCAUCUCCAAGUUCUUCAACAAGGAGAUCUCGACCACCCUCAACCAGGACGAGGCUGUCUCGCGUGGUGCUGCCCUCCAGUGCGCCAUGCUCUCGCCCGUCUUCAAGGUCCGCGACUUCCGUGUCAAUGACAUCGUCACCUACCCCAUCAAGUUCCAGUGCGAGCCCACCCCUGAGGACAAGGACACCGAGUUUGUUGUGUUUGACCGCAACAACUCGAUCCCCUCGACCAAGAUCCUCACCUUCUUCCGCAGCGAGCCUUUUACCCUCGAGGCCUACUACACCAACCCUGAAGAUCUCCCCCGCGGAACCAAGCCCUGGAUCGCCCAGUUCAACAUCAAGAACGUUGCCCCUGUCAACAAGGCCCCUGCCCAGGUCAAGGUCAAGGUUAGAAUGAACAUCCACGGUAUCUUGACUGUCGAGUCUGCCUACACUGUCGAGGAGAAGGUUGUUGAUGAGGAAGUUAAGAACAAGGAUGGCGAGAAGGAGAUCAAGAAGGUCAAGAAGCUUGUCAAGACUGGUGAGCUCCCUGUCGUUUCGUCCAACACCUCGAUCUCGCGCGAGUUGUUGAACGAGUACACCGAGAAGGAAAGCCAGAUGGCUUCGAACGACAAGUUGAUCGUUGCCACCGAGGCUGCCAAGAACUCUCUUGAGGAGUACGGCUAUGACAUGCGUGACAAGAUCCUCGGCCCUUACUCCGACUACAUCCACCCCGAUGUCAAGGAUUCGUUUGCCUCUGACCUCAACGCCGUCGUUGACUGGAUCUACGAGGAUGGCGAGGAUGCCACCAAGUCCGAGUACCUCGAGAAGUUGACCAAGCUCAAGAAUGUCGGUAACCCCGUCGUCGAGCGUUUCCGCGAGGCUGAGGAACGUCCCCGUGCCGAGCGCUCCCUGCGCGCCAUGUGCGAGCGCUGGACCAAGGAGGCCAUCAACUCUGAUGACAAGUACUCUCACAUCCCUCCCCAGGAUCGCCAGGAUAUCGUCGACCGUUGCGACCGUGCCCGUCGCUGGUUGGAUGCCGAAUUGGCCAAGCAGGCCAAGGCCAUCAAGCACGAGAACCCUGUUGUUCUGGUCCGUGACAUGUUGAAGGAAGAAGAGGCUGUCGAGGCCUUCUCUUCUCCUAUCAUGAACCGCCCCAAGCCUGCCCCCAAGCCUGUCGAGGCUGAGGCUGCUGAUACUCCUAUGGAGGAGCACGCUGAGAAGAAGGAGGAUAUGGAUAUUGAUUAAACACAAUAAUUUAAGAGUGCGUGUGUGUGUGUGUAUAUGAAAUAUCAUCAACAAUAUCAAACAACUACCAAAAAAAAAAGAUCAAAUUAUCCACCCUUUUUUUUUCUUUUCUCUCAUAGAAACAAGAGAUUCAACAAAUUUAUUCUUGUAUAUCAUCUGUAUUUUGAGUUUACUCUCUACAUAAAGAAUUUUUUUUUAAAAAAAAAAACAAAAAAAAGUUAUUAUUUCGAAUGGCUUUAAUGUAUAUAUAAAAAUGACAUGGCAUUUAUGACAUUG